GCCACAGAAGUAGGAAGAGUUGAAGAUCUAUCCGUGUGCAGAAGAAUACAGAGGUGUACAUAUUCGGAAGCCUGCAUACAGUAAUUGUAGUGAAGCAUUAUGGGUGGGCAGCUGUCGGUUGACCAGAGUGUUCAUGUGGUGAUUGUCGGUGGUGGUUUUGGUGGCAUUGCAGCAGCUCAACACCUUAAACAUCACGGUGUGCCCUUCAUGCUUAUUGACGUCCUGGAUGCGUUUCAUCACAACGUUGCAGCUCUGCGUGCCUCAGUUCAAACUGGUUUCGCUAAAAAGACGUUCAUACCAUACAAAGAGACAUUUGGGCUGAAUUUCCUCCAAGGCCGGGUCAUACGGAUAGACACAGAAACGCAGACAGUUGUGCUUGAUAAUGGAAAGGAAGUUCGUUAUUCCCACCUCAUUCUAUGCACUGGAACAACUGGAUCCUUCCCAAGCAAACACAAUUCUGUGGACACCUACAAAUCAGCCAUACAGAAGUAUGAGGACUUCUUCCAUGUGAUCCAGGAAGCAAACACUGUUGUAGUUGUUGGUGGUGGGACCACUGGUGUUGAAAUGGCAGCUGAGAUCAAGACAGAAUUUCACGAUAAGAAGGUGGUUCUGAUUCACCCGCGGGAGGAGGUGGCUGAUCCUGAACUGCUGCCUUGUGUCAAAGAACAAGCCAAGCAGGUGCUGCUGGAAAAGGGGGUGGAGCUGUUGCUAGGGCAGAAAGUGUCAAACCUUGACGAGCUGGAACUGAAUGUGUGUCGGAGCGGCAUGGUGGUCAAGACCAAUAAGAAUGAACAGGUCACCACAGAUCUUGUAAUUUGCUGUACAGGGAGUAAGAUCAACUCUGAAGCAUACAGGUCCAGCAUGAGUUCAUGUCUGGCAGAGAACGGUGCUCUGAAGGUGAACAAGCACUUGCAAGUGGAAGGUUUUGACAAUGUGUAUGCUGUGGGCGACUGUGCCAACGUCAAUGAACCCAAGCUGGCAUAUCAUGCUGGACUUCACGCUGGAGUAGCUGCCACUAAUAUCAUAAACAGCCUGUCAGGAAAGGCUUUGACUUCAUACCAAACAGGUAAUGUGACUAUGCUGAUUGCGAUGGGCAAAGAUGCUGGAGUGGGUCAGUUUAACGGCUAUAAACUACCUCGAUUUCUGGUCACCAAGGGUAAAAGUGAAGGCUUGCUGCUGUGGAAAAGCUGGAGGGAAAUGGGACAAAAAGCCCCAAAUUAAGAGAAGGUUAUCAAACUAUGUUUACAUUCUACUCACAAUGUGUGAACUACGGUUGCACUCUCUUCCAUUUAACAUGACUUGAUUUGUAAAUUAUUUAAGCUCUUUUAUCGUUGUCUUAAAUUGAAUUAGACCAGCAGAAGGAUGUUUUUCAUUAUGAAAAAUAAAUGACUAAACGAAAAAUAACCAACAUAAUCUAUGCCAGUGUUUCCCAACCCUGUUCCUGAAGGCACACCAACAGUACACGUUUUCAAUCUCUCCCUAAUCAAACACACCUGAAUCAACUUAUCAUAACAUCAGAAGAGACUCCAACACCUGAAGUUAAUGGGUCAGAAAAGGGAGACAUCCAAAAUAUGUACUGUUGGUGCGCCUCCAGGAACAGGGUUGGGAAACACUGAUCUAUGCUAUAUAUAUAUUCUAAAUAACAUCAUUGUUUGUACUGUUUUUGAGAACAAUCAUGCGUAUAUUUUAUACAUUUAUACAGUUUAUGGAAUAAAUGUAUUUACAUUUAUAACA